GUUGACUGGCAGGGUGGCAGGUGGAUGACAGAACAGGCAGGUAGUGGACAGACAGAUAACAGAGACAGACAGGCUGAAACUGUGACAGCCACAUGGAGGUCCCAGCAGGCAGAUGGACAAGGACCUGGAGGCAGGCCACCCUGGGUUCCAGCAUCUUGUUGCUCCUCUCUGUUACUGGGCUCAGUCAACCCGCCACAGAGAAGAUUAUCAAAGGCAAGGAGUGUGCCCGUCACUCGCAGCCUUGGCAGGUGGGGCUGUUUGAGGGCACCCGCCUGCGCUGUGGGGGCGUCCUCAUUGACCGCAGGUGGGUCCUCACAGCAGCUCACUGCAGUGGCAGCAGGUACUGGGUGCGCCUGGGGGAGCACAGCCUCACCAGGCUGGACUGGACGGAGCAGAUCCGGCGCAGUGGCUUCUCCAUGACCCACCCUGGCUACCAGGGAGCCCUGCAUAACCAUGACAAUGACCUCCGGCUCCUGCGACUGGGCACCCCCGUCCCUUUGACUCGCAGCAUCCAGCCCCUGGCCCUGCCCACCACCUGUGCAGCGGCCGGCACCAAGUGCCAGAUCUCAGGCUGGGGCAUCACCAAUCAACUAUGGAACCCAUUCCCAGACCUGCUGCAAUGCCUCAAUGUCUCCAUCGUUUCCAGUGCCACCUGCCGGGCUGUGUUCCCCGGGAGAAUCACGGACAACAUGGUGUGUGCCAGCGGCACGGAAGGGGCGGAUGCCUGCCAGGGCGACUCUGGGGGCCCCCUGGUGUGCGGAGGAGUCCUUCAGGGUCUGGUGUCCUGGGGGACCGUGGAGCCUUGCGGGCAAGAAGGCAUCCCAGGGGUCUACACCAAUAUUUGCAAAUAUGUGGACUGGAUCCGGAUGGUCAUGAGGAACAACUAACCUGCUCCCUCCACCUCCACCCCUCAGCUUGGGGGCCACACUGACUGGCCCUCGGAGCACCAACGCGUCCUCCAUUAUCACCCCUGGCUCCAGCUCCCCUUGGACUGGGGAUCUUCUUCCCAGAACUCCAACUCCA